GUGAUCGCCACCCUCAUGAACAUACAAAGAUCCACCCCGAUCACAAUCUCACGCUAUGGGAGACCGCGGACCAAAACCCAGGAUUUCGAAGAGCUGUCGUCCCUGAGGUCCACCGAGCCCAGCCAGAGCUUCAGCCCCAAUCUCGGUUCCCCAAGCCCGCCGGAGGCUCCGAACUUGUCGCAUUGCGUUUCCUGCAUCGGGAAAUAUUUAUUGCUGGAACCUCUGGAGGGAGACCACGUUUUUCGGGCUGUGCAUCUGCACAGCGGGGAAGAGCUCGUGUGCAAGGUGUUUGAUGUAAGCUGCUAUCAGGAGUCUCUGGCUCCCUGCUUCUGCCUACCUGCUCACAACAAUAUCAACCAAAUCACCGAAAUCCUUCUCGGGGAGACCAAGGCGUAUGUUUUCUUUGAACGGAGCUAUGGGGACAUGCAUUCCUUCGUGCGAACCUGCAAGAAGCUAAAGGAGGAGGAAGCGGCCAAACUGUUCUACCAGAUCGCAUCUGCCGUAGCUCACUGUCACGAUGGGGGACUGGUCCUUCGGGACCUCAAGCUUCGAAAAUUUAUCUUCAAGGACGAGGAAAGGACUAGAGUAAAGCUCGAGAGCCUGGAAGACGCGUAUAUCUUGCGAGGUGGUGACGAUUCCUUGUCCGACAAGCACGGCUGCCCGGCCUACGUGAGCCCGGAGAUCCUGAACACGAACGGCAGCUACUCUGGCAAGGCCGCGGACGUUUGGAGCCUGGGCGUCAUGCUCUACACCAUGCUGGUCGGACGCUACCCUUUCCAUGACAUUGAGCCCAGCUCCCUCUUCAGCAAGAUCCGGCGGGGCCAGUUCAACAUUCCAGAGACUCUGUCCCCCAAGGCUAAAUGCCUUAUCCGUAGCAUCCUGCGGCGGGAGCCCUCCGAGCGGCUGACCUCACAGGAGAUUCUGGACCAUCCUUGGUUUUCAACAGAUUUUAACGUCUCAAAUGCGGGAUAUGGUGCUAAGGAAGUAUCUGACCAGCUGGUGCCGGAUGUGAACAUGGAGGAAGAUUUGGACCCUUUUUUUAAUUGAGCACACUUAAAGACUCAGUGUUUAGAAGGUACGCGAGUCACAUGAAGGAUCCCUUCUUGACUGAGUUCUACCGCCCACCCACGUCGGCCUAGCUUGGUAGUAAAAGAGGGACACGCUCACGAGCUGCUGGGUCCGAGGAAGGAAGCUCCGCCGUCCGAGAGCUGCCCCACUCCGUCACGUAGAGCGCGGGGGGAUAACCGAGGCUGGGGUGGGGUGGGCCGGGGCAGAACUCUGCUAGCGGGGUAGAUCGAUGGGAGCAAAGGCAGGAGGGAGACUCCCCUCGACGUACCUUGGCUCCAAGGAGAUGGCGCACGGCGACUCUCAGUUCCGGGGCAGCUCUCGACCGCUCCCGUUCGUGUUUUGUUUUGCAGAUCUCGGUGGGACGGGAACUUGCUUUUCUCCUUUUUUGCCUCAGACACACAUCUUGGCAUCGCACUGUUAGUAUUUAAUUCCUCGUCAUCUAUUCAGGGAGGGGACAAUUGGCUGACGAUUUUUACUUUUCAAGAAUACCGACCAACCUGGCGAUAACUAAAACGGGACUCGCUCCAACACAGAACAGAAACUGGUGCAAAAACGGUCUAGCGUGUGAAAAGCGGGUGCUAAAAUUGAACACGGGAGGAGCUCGGCUCACGGGGGAUUGAUUUCUCCUGAGGUGACUGGUUCACCUUCACGUCAGGAGCGGACACUCGGGUGCCUCGUUACCUUCCUGGGGAAGGCUCUUUCUCCUUCAGCAAACCCUUCUGUUUUGUGUUGAACGAACGGGAAAUCACAGGAAGCUCUUUGGAUUCUACAGUUCUAGGAGCGUUAGUGCUAAAAGAGCUCAUUGUUUUUAAUAGAAAAAGAGAGGGAUGUUGGGAAAAAAGGCUGGAGAGGGUAUUGAGGAAAUAGAUUGAGAACAUGAGCUUCCCUGUUUUUCUGGGCUUAUUAUUAGCAAAAGGGCCAGAGAGAACGGGAAGCUGUGAAGUCCCUGUGGGACUGGCCCAGCUCUGCCUCUUCUCCCGGCCACAGUCUCCUCCUCCGUAAAACAAGAGGGUGGUUACUAAAGUCCCUUCCGACUCUUACCAUCCUGAGUUCCAGGUUCCCUCCCGGGUCUCCCAUUGGAUUCUUCUGUGAUUCUCAGCGUUGGGUUUUGACACGCCAGCAUCGAGACCGGUUGGCCCCAGGCUAAAAGCCAGGGCUCAUCCCUGGCGUCUUGGGGAGAGGAGCCUGGCCCUGUCUGAGCUCAUGGGCUCCCCCACUGGACCGGGUGUUAAUUAGCCUGCGGCUUCUGAUUCAGAAGAGCAGCCCGUCAUCCUCACGCUCAACAGAGGAAAGAUGCACCUUCCUUUUGUAUCGUAUUGUCCGGAAUCACUCUAUUUAUUAAAGAAAAAGUCACAGUUGGGAUUUAUUAAUGCCAGUAUGUCAAUUACGGGUUCACCGGGAUGACAUGUUCCAUGCUGUAGCUCCCAAUUAUCCUUUUUUUUUUCUUUUUUCCUUCCUGCGUUCAGCUACUCGUCCCCGAAACGCCGGUUUCUUUGGCUCUCCCAGGUAGCGAGCUCUCUCUGAUUUAGCCUGCCAGCUCCCCGCCUUUCUCUCGCUGUAUGAUAAGAAACUCCCUCGGCCUCCGUCUUUGUGUUUCCAGUCCGUACCUCAUUGUCGGGACUUGACUGCCUGUGUGUGUGCUUUGUGAAAUGGUCACAUUUUCUGGGUAGGUAACACGUGGACUCUCUAGGAUGUAAAUGUUACUUGAAUUUGUGUUUCGUCAGAGUUUGUGGCAUGUACGUGCAGAUGCUUGGAUGCUGCCGACCUGCCCGGCAGGAUAUACCGCGGUCACACUCACAAGACAACGGUUCCCAGGAGACAGAGCUGCCGCCCACCUGCCCUCGGAUUCAUUUUGGUCACUGAGACUCUCUAAAGGAGGAUUGUUUUAUUUUAUUUUAUUUUAUUUUAUUUUUUACACUCUGAAGAUGGUGCUGUGUCAAGAAGGACCUUUUUUUCUCCCCCUGUUUGUUUGUCUGUCUGGUUUCUCCCUCCCCCACCCCCACCCUGCCUUAUUAUUUUUUUUUUUUAAGUCCCCUGUAGGAAGAAAGAUCGAUGAUGUGCAUGGCGGGGCUCUCCACCCUCUGGUGCUUUGUCACAGAUUUCGAUUUCAUGUUUUUGUCCUAAUCUCUUCAAUAAAUAAAAUUGUGCAUAUUUAACUAAAA